AUGACGAUAGUUUAUUUACAUACGACUAUGGGCACAAUUGGCCUAGAAAUGUAUACAAAACAUGCACCGCGAACGUGUGCCAACUUCAUUGAGCUAGCAAGACAAGGCUACUACGAUAAUACGAUAUUUCAUCGCGUUAUAAAGGGCUUUAUGAUCCAAGGAGGCGACCCAAGCGGAACAGGAUAUGGCGGUACAAGCAUAUACGAUGAUUCGGGAGAUGGGAAAAAGUUGUUUGUAGAUGAGAAGGAAGCUUUAAAAACGCUGCGACAUACAGGUGCAGGUGUUUUGGCAAUGGCCAACACGGGUCCGGAUACAAACGGGUCGCAAUUUUACGUUACUCUUGCGCCUACACCGUGGUUAGACAAGACAAAUGUUGUUUUUGGGCGCGUUGCAUCAGGUAUGGGUACUAUUGAACGGAUUGGGCAGGUAGCGGUUGAUCGGGAAGAUAAACCGACCACCGCGGUGAUCGUGAAUCGUACAGAAGUAGAGGACGAUGGGGAUGAAGAAGAGUAUGGUGGAGAAGAGUAA